UCAUUGCUGGUGUCCCCGGAACUUCGAUGCAAAAACUAGCGACUUUGUUUUAAAAAGUGGGGUAUUUAACUCGAAUUGCGUCUUACAGAUCAGCCUCAAUGGUAAGACUUUUGAGACUAUUUGUUUUUUUUAAUUUUUGGGUCUCCAAAGCUUUUAGAAUGAUAUUAGUUCAAAGUUUAGGAAUGCUGGUUCUUUUUUUGUUUUACAUCAGGUUUAAGCUAAACAAGUAAACACAUACUAGUAGCAUCUUACUUACAAUUACUAGAAACAAGUCAUUUGCAAAUACAGGGAAGGAACUUUUAAAGAUGUCUUUAGUUAGCCCGUGAAUUUUAGAUCGUACUAAAUCCGAUUUUUCGUUGCACUAAAAAAACACGUCCGUAAGGUAUGCACAAAAACAACCAUCGAAAUACCUGUUUUCAUUUAGAUAUGGCUUAACGUAGUUUUUUUUCUAACUUCUUCCGGAUAACUAGAUCUAAAUGGCCAGCCUAACUUCUAUAUUUCGAGUGUUAGGGCUGGUAUCACCGUUAGGCAUUUGGCCGAACAGAAGGCUAGCUCCUAACAUGAAACGAGGUCUGUCUAUGUCCGGGUUCGAACUUAUACCACAACGUGUCCCCAAAAUUAGCACGCAGAUACGUUACCCACUAAGGUAUCAUGUUGGUGUAAAUUUAAGUUCUAAAUCUGGUCAGCUGGUUUCGCAUAAUGUAAGGUUACGUAGCUUCUUAUACAAGAAAUCUAUGAGCACAUUCCGAUUUAACAGCUCAAUAAACUCUCCCUUUGCGGGACAUAUUUUUGUCUUGGAAACCGAGAUCCUUGACAUGCAAAACUCGUUCCUUUGCUUGCAUCCUAUACGUUGGAUAUAAAGAGAGCACAUGAAUGUGGCCUUUGACCUAACUCUCGUAUGCUGGCAAAAUAAAGCUCGAUUCGGCACUACAGUAUCAAAAAAACAUGAUCAAUCAAAGCAUAGGUUUUGUAGGUGGUAUCUAUUAAGGGGUCUUAUGUGGUGCUUCAUCUGUCGUAAACAAACAACUAUAUGGCGCCAUUUGGUCCCACGAAUCGCCUUUAAUACUGUUAUGGAAUACUUAUGAAGUUCUGAAACUUUACUAAUUGCAUAGAAUCAGUUAACAGUGGCUUCGUUUUGUAUGCUCCGUUAUAAACCUACAUACGCUAAACCGGAAGGUGAACUUUGAACGUUCAGUCAGCUCGCUGGAAUCUUUCGAUGAAUUUCAACUACAGAGGAAGCAGUGGUGAUUACGAUAAUGUAUACUUGGCAUAUGUAGUCUAGAUGAAGCUGUGGUUACGAAUAGCGUGUACAUUGUUGCCAUGGGGUAAUUUGCGCCGAGCGUUCGUCGGGUGAGGAUGAAAAAUUAUUGUGAAUAUGUGUGCUUGUAAUAAUAUAGGACCUUCUCCCUAAAAUGAAAUCAGUCCAAUGAUCGGGCUCCUGAUAACAUUUGUAUGGCCGGCAAUACCCACAGGACUACUGUACGACUAGUACGACGAUGCUUUAAAGUCCUACGUUUAAGGAGAAAUAACAUAGGCUUUAGGAAUGAGUUCGAGGUUCAUUGUACAAGAAGUAGACGCAUCCGAAGAACCAACAGGGUCUCCUUCACGGCUGCACCGUGAGCCUUCACCGCUUCUUCAGUCGCCACCAACCAGUGACGAUGAAGCAACCUCAGAGGAUCGUCAAAGACCAAAGUACCACUCAAACUCGGAUUGUCUUACCAAACUUGAGUUGCUGGGGUGUGCUGCAUGCGGUGAAUGCUUUGAAAGCUCUGAAGCCCUUGUGGAACACCAGGAGCAUCGUUGUGCAGGGCUUUCAUCAGAUGCCGAAUGCGAAGAGGAGUUGACAAACUUUGGCCCACCUCCACGACCGUUCAUUGCGUGUGCAAAAUGUCCGGAACUGAGCUUCAAUGGAAGGUGUGACCUAAUACGCCACCUCAAGGGACAUCGAAAAUGCAGUAUUGGUAAAAACAAGUGCAAUAGUUCAGGCGCUGGCAAGGGACGUGCAAUUUUUGUGAAGAUGAUUUGCCUAUGUCAGCUGAGGCCUUGCCGGUGUCCAACGCGAUCUCAUAAGAAGAUUCGUCCUGUGACUGACGGUAGCCACAGCGGCUCAGCUGGCGCAGUCCUCUGUAACAUGUGCUUUGCGGGAAAACUCUCGUUGGACAAGGAGACUGAUGUUAGUGCCAAGAAGGAACGAGCUGAAUCAAGCCCUUCGGCUUGUGUACACUGUGCAAUGUACGCAUCAGAAACACAAAGACACCAGCAGUAGCGGGAGUGACAGAGAAGCUGUAAGCGUUUUGCGUAACAGAAAAAGACAACUAUUCAUAGCAGUAUUAUGUAAAACAGAUGUGGACGACCGUUGGGUACCAACUUGCGAUUACGUUUACACUAUCUCAGUUAGAUGGGGUUAAGAAAUGGGGAAAGAAAAUUCCGGAAGUUUUGUGCUACUGUUUUUGACAGUGGAGAAAAAUGCAUUUACCACACGAAAUACGAUGAAUCUCAAAUAUAAUGCGCACCAAAGAUAGACUAGUAGUAAAUAUCUUCGUAGGAGACGGGCCAAAACAAAAACGAGCUGUAUAAUUUUAUUAGUAUUCGAAAACAGCGAGGACAGAGAAUUAUGCUGGUGUUUCAGAUGUUUUGUAUUAAGCGUAAUAUGAUUGUGGGAUUAGGUAUUGCCUAUGUAGUGAAUGUUUAUCAUGACUGUCGGAAAAUAAAAUUUUGAAAGCGAAUGAUCGUGACGCUAUUUAAGGAUUCACAGUACUCAUGUGUACAAACAGUAUAAAUUUAUUUAGAUAGCAAAAUUAAACGAAACAUGAGCUGGUACUGAGUGCUCUAUGCUGAUUUAGGUAUUUGUGUAUAUAGUAUGUAAAGUGAACAACAGUAAUGUUAUUAAUAAUAUUCUAAGAUAGAGUACACGAUUCUUUUUUGGUGAUGAUAGAGGAUCCACUUGACAGAAGUGAAUAAAACACUCAAACGUUUAACGUCAAUAUGCGUGUGUGCAUUUGCGUUUUUAAUAAAACGAUUUGUUGUAAGCAAUAGGAGCUUGAAGUUGACAGCACUUCUGUGCACUGCUCGGUCAGUGCAGUCAUAGGACACGUAAGUUGACUCGCUAUUAAUAUCCUUUUGCCUUCGCCCAGUUCUCAUUAAUUUGUAACGUAAG